AUGACGUCUAUUGCAAGGGGCAGGCCGUCUCGGCGCUCUGCCGCAGCGCGGAAGAGUUAUGUCGAAGAAACUUCCGAGUCGGAGGAUCCUGGAAACGUCACCCCCACUCCUUCCUAUCCCGAUGGAGACGACGAUGGCGAAGAAGAGUUCACCCCUGUUCCACAAAAGAAGGCACCUGCAAGAGCCUCGCGCAGACGUAUGACAUCCGAGACGCCAAAAGCACAAGCUCCCCGGAGAUCGCGAAGGUCAAGGACGGCGGAGCCGACAGACACAUCCUCAGUUGCGGAUCCGAGCGAAGAUGGCGAGUCGAUAGCCAGUGCGCAAGACGAAAGCGAGUCAGCCUCCCCGAAUACGUCUGUAAAGCGAAAGAGCAUGGGGCAUGAAGAGCCUGAAUCGCCUUCACGUACUGCGACAAUGAAAAGAAAAAGUAUGGCCCGCAAGAGUCGUGUUUCCUCCACACCCAACCCGGAAAAGUCCUCACUCCCAACUCCAGAGCCCUCGCUUUCACCCGAACCACACCCGCUCCCCCAGCGAGAUAAUGUACCCCCGCUCGCCGAUAUUACGGAUUCCGCGGUGAAUCAGACGCCCGCGAAACCUACUGAGGAUACGAAAUCGCAGUUCUCCAUCGUCAAACCGAACACGACCAUCCUCGAGAAGCCAAUGGAUAUCAUGUUAAAGUCACGGACACUCGGUCCUCCUAAGCCGGAGGAACCCCAAGGUCCUAAAAGCCGCCUUAUGAUUACCACGUUAGUUCUAAAUAACUUCAAGAGUUACGCAGGGAAACAGGUAGUAGGGCCAUUUCACGCUUCUUUCUCCUCCGUUGUUGGGCCGAAUGGAUCGGGAAAGUCGAACGUCAUCGACGCGUUAUUAUUCGUGUUCGGAUUCCGAGCCAGCAAAAUGCGACAGGGCAAGAUCUCUGCAUUGAUCCAUAAUUCCGCCAACCACCCCAACCUGCCGUUCUGCGAAGUGGAAGUUUAUUUCCAAGAAAUCAUUGACCUCCCCGGGGGGGAGCAUGAAGUAGUCCCAGAUUCCCAACUGAUCAUCUCUCGCAAAGCGUUUAAAAACAACACCAGCAAAUAUUAUAUGAAUGGCAAGGAGACGAACUUCACGGCAGUGACGACGCUGCUUCGCGAUCGCGGCAUUGAUCUCGAUCAUAAACGCUUUUUGAUUCUGCAGGGUGAAGUCGAGUCUAUUGCUCAAAUGAAGCCUAAGGCCGCAAAUGAACAUGAAGACGGGCUUUUGGAGUAUCUCGAAGAUAUCAUUGGCACGUCAAAAUACAAACAACCUAUUGAAGAGGCGGCGACUGAACUUGAAGCCCUUAAUGACGUUUGUGUGGAAAAGAAUAACCGUGUGCAACAUGUUGAGAAGGAGAAGAACGCCCUUGUGGACAAAAAGGAUAAAGCCCUGGCCUACCUUCGUGAUGAGAAUGAGUUGGCCCAAAAGCAGUCGGCGCUGUAUCAGAUCUACAUCGAUGAGUGUGCCGAUAACCUCCGGGUUACAGAGGAGGCGAUUCUCCAGAUGCAAGAGCUCUUGAACCUCGAGCUUGAGAAGCAUGAAGGCAAUGAAUCAGGAAUCAAGGAGCUCGAGAAAGCAUACAAGCGUGCUAUGAAAGAGUACGAGCGCAUGGAAAAGGAGACGCAAGAACUAGCAAAGGGAAUGGCAAAGUACGACAAAGAAACGGUCAAAUUUGAAGAGAAGAAGAAAUUCCUAGUUGGAAAGCAGAAGAAGCUCGAGAAAGCCAUGACUAGCGCUCGCCUCGCGGCGUCGGAGUGCCAAAGUUUGGUAAAGAGACACAGCGAGGCUAUUGAGAAUAAGAGCAAGGAAACCGCGGACUACGAGAAUGAAGUCGAGCAUGAGGAACAGGAGCUCACAAAAAUUCGAGAAAGCCUGAAAGGCAAGACCCAAGGGCUCUCCGACCAGAUUGCUGCUAAGCAGAAGUCUUUGGAGCCAUGGGACGAGAAGAUCAACAAGAAGCAAUCUGAACUGGCUGUGGCUCAGAGUGAGCUGGAUAUCCUCAAGGAGAAGAGCAACGCCGGGGCUGUUUUACUUGAGGAAGCGCAAUCAAAGAUUACAUCCAUAGAGGAAACCAUUGCGCGGAAAGAGGAAGAUCUACAGGAAUGCAAGACCCAACGGUCCACUCUCGAGGAUGAGGUUGAGCAGCUUCAGCACGACUUGAAGAAAUAUAGCAUGAAAGAACCUGACGUCCGCGCGCAUGUCUCCAAUGCUCGGCAGAAGGCCGAAGAGGCUAGGGCAACUGUCGCGAGUACGCAAAACCGGGGAAGCGUGCUGACCGGUCUUAUGCGCCUUAAAGAAUCUGGCCGUAUUGAAGGGUUCCAUGGUCGACUAGGGAAUCUUGGUACGAUCGAUGAGAAAUACGAUGUAGCCAUUUCUACAGCUUGCCCUGCGCUCGAAAAUAUGGUCGUUGACACAGUCGAGGUCGGACAGCAAUGCAUUGACUACCUGCGAAAGAACAAUCUUGGGCGUGCCAAUUUCAUCCUUCUAGAUCGUCUCCCCAAACGCGAUCUGAACAAAAUCCUCACUCCCGACAACGUUCCCCGAUUGUUCGACUUGGUGAAGCCGAAGGAUCCGAAAUUUGCUCCCGCAUUCUAUAGUGUGAUGCAGAAUACUCUUGUUGCAAGAGAUCUUGAUCAGGCCAACCGAAUUGCUUACGGCGCUAGGCGGUGGAGAGUUGUCACGCUCGAUGGUCAGCUCAUUGAUACUUCUGGUACAAUGAGUGGUGGCGGUACUCGAGUUGCCCGUGGCGCGAUGUCAUCCAAACAGGUCGGCGAUAUCACCAAAGAGCAAUUAGUCCAGAUGGAGAGUGACCUUGAAGAGAUGGAGAGGAAGUACCAGCACUUCCAAGAGAAGCAGAGACGUGUGGAGUCAGCCUUGCGAGAGAAAACGGAAGAAAUUCCUCGAGCAGAGACCAAGAUCCAGAAGAUCAUGAUUGAGAUAGAUAGCGCCAAGCGCAGCCUUGCUGAUGCUGAGCGACGUGUCCAAGAGCUGAGUGCAGCACACAAGCCCUCAAAGACGGAUGCGAGUCGAGUAAAAGUCCUUGAAGAACAAAUUGUUGGCCUCGAAGAGCAAAUUGAGGAUCUCCGCUCACAGAAAGGUGGGAUCGAGGAAGAAAUCCAGGCGCUUCAGAACAAGAUUAUGGAGGUCGGUGGUGUUAGAUUACGGAGCCAGAAAGCCAAGGUCGACGGACUCAAAGAGCAGAUUAGUCUUCUCUCUGAAGAAAUCUCCAACGCCGAGGUUGCGAGAUCUAAGAACGAGAAGCUUAUCAAAAAGCACGAAAAUGCCCGUGCGGAAGCGGAGAAGGAACUUGCCAAUGUCGCUGAGGAGCUUCAGAAGUUGAACGAGGAUGUUGCCAACCAAGCCAACGAUGCAUCUGGAUGGAAGGAGAAGGUGGACGAAGCACAAGACGCCUUGGAAUCUAAGAAAGCCGAGCUCAAGACCAUGAAGGCAGAAUUGGACGAAAAGGUAGCAGAGUUAAAUGAAACUCGGGCCACGGAGAUUGAGAUGCGCAACAAGCUCGAGGAGAACCAGAAAGCUUUAGCGGAGAACGAAAAGCGUAGCCGUUACUGGCAGGAGAAGCUGAGCAAGCUGACUUUGCAGAAUAUCAGCGAUUUGGGUGAAGACCAACAGCCUAGCGAAUUCCAGACCUUCACCAAGGAUGAGUUAGCUGAGAUGAACAAGGACUCUUUGAAAGCAGCAAUUGCUGCUCUGGAAGAGAAGACGCAGAACUCAUCAAUAGACCUGUCGGUGAUCGAGGAAUACCGUCGCCGUGCAGCCGAGCACGAGUCACGUUCAGCGGACCUUGCAACUGCUCUCGCUGCUCGGGAUAGUGCCAAAUCUCGUCUCGAUGGCUUGCGCUCUGCUCGUUUGAACGGCUUCAUGGAAGGCUUUGGUAUCAUCUCUCUUCGCCUGAAGGAGAUGUAUCAGAUGAUCACCAUGGGAGGAAAUGCCGAGCUAGAGCUAGUGGACUCUCUUGACCCGUUCUCGGAGGGUAUCUUGUUCUCAGUUAUGCCACCCAAGAAGAGCUGGAAGAACAUUGGUAACCUGUCUGGUGGCGAGAAGACACUCUCCAGUCUGGCACUGGUCUUUGCUUUACAUCACUACAAGCCCACGCCGCUGUACGUUAUGGACGAGAUCGAUGCCGCGCUAGAUUUCCGGAACGUUUCUAUUGUGGCGUCCUACAUCAAGGAGAGAACCAAGAAUGCGCAGUUCGUGGUUAUUUCGCUGCGAAACAACAUGCUGAGCGUCGAGGCUCCAAUGGUACAGGUUCGCCAGUAUUAUAAAAAUGUUGUACGCAAAACUACAUUUAUCGAGCUUAGGAUGACGGAGUUACAGAGACCACAGCAGGUGAGGGAAGCAUUUAAGGAGUCGAAGCAACUGAUUAAACUGAGCAUGAAAACCCGCAAAAACCCGUAG